CAGCACCACAAAGUCGGCGAUAACCACAACGAAGGAACAAACUUCCACUGAUAUGUUCAUCAGCACAGCUACUGCGAUACGCCAUCCCUCUACGAAUACAUCAGAUAAAUCAAAUGAACGGGACAGUAAUUACAGUACCAGAGCGGGCUCGAAUGUCAGGUUUCUGAGCACAUCGACAGAACAAAGCAGUAGAACAAGAUCUCUCGAAUCUCGAAUACAGGAGAGCGAAAAGAAUGAAUCACGUCCCGUGACGAUGCAAACUGUAUCUUCAGCAAAACUUAAUACCACAAACACGGCAAGCACGCAUGCGACGUCACCUUCGGCGAGCGUAUCACCGGCAUCCGUUUCAGAAAUAUCGAACACCUCGAAAAGCGUGUCGACUGCCAGUUCUCACGAAGCAACUUCCACUGAUAACCAAGAUAUUGGAAUGGAUGGCAUAUCUACAACAGCAAUAUAUAAAUCAAAUGGACGUGACAGCAAUAAUAGUGGCACACAAAGUGCAGCCACACGAUUGUUCAGCGCUCCACCCGAAGGGAGCACAAAGCCUGCAUCUCUUGACUCUCAAAUAUCGCAAGGUUCAAGCAUUGCUUCCAAUUUGCCAACAGUGGAAACUGUAACUCAACACGAGCCAAUAACGAAUAUUACAACUUCCACAAAAUUAACCACUGCAUCUGACAAUGAACUAACCACACUUAACAAGAGUGCGUUCGUGAGCACGUCUGCAGCAUCUUCAAAUAUUGAGGGCAGCAUUGACCCAGGGAAUAAUCAUUUCUCUUCCACAGGGACACGUAAUGCAAACACUCAUCACAACAAUAACGAUGCCACAUUAAGUAGGGCUACAUCUGUUGCUAUAUCGACAGAAGAAAGCUCAAGAAUUCGGCGUGGCGAUUCUCAGAUAUAUGAAAACUCAAGUACUACAGUACCGAGCACUUCAACAGCGAAAGUAGAAACUGCCGAAACAACAAACAGCGCCACAGGACUGGGAAACACAGGCGCCACAAUAAUGUCAAAGACAGCUGUUCCAACACUAAAAAACACCAGCGAAAGUGUGUUCACGAGUACUUCUACUGUAACAUCAAAACAUGUCGUGAACACGGAUACCAUCACAAAACAUGCCUCUACCACAGCAACAGACCAAUCGAAUAAUGAAGGCAGCGAAAACGUUGCAAUAGGGGGUUUUGUCACCCGGUCUACUAAGACAUCUACCACAGGCAUUGCAAGAAUAGCACUUAAUGACACAAGUGAAAUAUCAAGCUCUUCAACAGAGAAGACCGUUACUGUUUCAACAAACGCUCAUGAAUCGGAAAUAAAAAAUUCGGAUAUGACAACACCCCCAUCGAGAGUAACCUUGACAUCCGAUUCGGCAUCAGCGAACAGCAGCCGUGCGGGGCUCAUACAUACGUCCAUACUUCGUGAAGCAAGCAUUACUACUGGGCUCAAUCAUCCAUCAACGGAAGCUGCAUACGAGUCAAAUAGACAUAAAAACAUGAGCAGGACCCCAAAGAAUUCAGUAAUACGCACGACUAAGGCUUCAAACGGAGAAAGUACGGAAACACCGCCCGGCGUGUCGCACAUAUCUGAGAUCACGAGUAAAGUAUCCGACUACUCGACGGAGAAAACAGCAACGCGAAUAACGACCACACACGAACAGAAUGCAAGUACCAGUACGACAUCUGCAACAAGCACAAGUGCGGCAUUUGUUACAAAAUAUGACAGCAACACCACAAAGGCAGUGACAAACACAUCGAAGUUGCCAACUUCCAAUGACGGGUUCAGCAGAGCUACUGGGAAACACCAUCCCUCUACGAAUAAAUCAAGUACAAAUGAACAUGACAGCAAUUACGGUUCCAGAGAAGGCGCAACUGUAAAGUUUUUUAGCACGUCAACAGAAAAAACUACAAGGGCGACGACUAUCGAUUCUGGCACACCUGAGAGUGAAAUGAAUGUAUCAAGUUCGGAAACGACUGAAGCCAAACCUGUGGAAACGGUUAAAACCACACACAAGGCACACACGAAUGCGACGACACCAUUGACGAGCACAACAGCGGCGCCCGUUUCAGAAAUGUCGACCACCUCAAGAACUGUUGUGGCUGCCAGUUCUCAUCCAGCAACUUCUACUGAAAACAUAGCUACUAGAAUAGAUCGUAUUUCUACAACAGCAACGGUGAAAUCUAAACUAAACGACAGCAAUAACGGCGACAUGCAAAGUUCAACCACACGUUCGUUCAGCAAAUCAACCGAAGCGAGCACCAAACUGGCUUCUCUUGACUCUCACACAUCGGAAGGCAUUGUUUCGAAUUCGCCUACAGCGGAAACUGUAACUCAACAGAGAACUAAUAUAACACAAGAGCAUAUAACAACUUCCACAAACUUAAUCUCAGCAUCUGAAACUGAACAAACGAACAAUAACAGGAGUGUGUUGGUGAGCACUUCUGCUACAUCUCGAAAUGCUGAGAAUAGCAUUGCCUCUGGUAGUGAUCAUUCCGCUACUACUGCAACACGCAAUGUAAACGUUAAUCACGAUAAUAACGCUACCACGUCGAGUUUGGCGACAAUAUCGGUUACUAGAUCGACCGAAGAAAGCACAAGAAUGACGAGCGUAGAUCCCCAGAUAUCCGAAGACUCAAGUACCGCAUCGCGCACUUCUACAGGGAAAGCAGAAACUGCCGAAAUAACAACUAUUGCCACAGGACUGGAAGACACAGAACCCACACCUUCGACUACUGCAUCAAGGACAUCUGUUACAACACUAAGAAACACAAGCGAAAGUGAUUUCACGAAUAGUUCUGCUGCAACGACAUCAACUUAUGUGGUGAGCACAGAUACCGUCAAAAAACAAUCCUCUACCACAAUUACAGUCCAAUCGAAUAAUGAAGCCAGCCGAGAUGGUAGAAUAGAGGGUACUGUUACCCACCAUAGUGAGAUAUCUACCACAGAAAUUGAAAGAAUACCGUCUCGCCAUUUUAAGAUAUACAAUAACAGAACUGAAAUAUCAAGCUCGUCAACAGAGAAGACCGUUAGUGCCCCAACAAAAGCUCAUCAAUCGGGUCAAGAAAAUUCGGGUAUGAGAACAUCAACAGCGAUAGUAACUUCGGCGUCCGAUACCGCACCUGUGAACAGCAGCCAAACUGUGCUCAUACAAACUUCUACAUAUACACCUUAUGAGGCAAGCAUUGUUACCGGGCUCGGUCAUCCAUCUACGGCAGCUGCAGACGAGUCAAAUGCACAUCAAAACAACAACGCGACCAUAAAUGGUUCUGUCAGAGAAACGACGAAGUCAUCAAACAAAACAAGUACAGCGAUACCGCCCGGUGAUUCGCAUAUAUCCGAGACGACAAGUAAGGUAUCGAACUAUUCUGAAGUCAAAACAACAACAGCAUCAACCAUGAAAGCCACGCACAAUGCGAGCACCAAUAGCCCAUCUUCAACUAGCACGUCUGCGGCGUCUAUUACACAACACGACAACGGCACCACAAUCGUUGUGACAAGCAAUCCGAAGGCACUAACUUCCAUUGAGAGGAUCAGCACAGCUGGGGACAUAGUUCAUCCCCCUACUGGUCCAGCCGAUAAAACAAGUAAACAGCAUAGUGGAGAAAGCUCCACUGUACACUUUUUGAACACGUCUGUAGAAGAAGGUUCAAGAGUGACGUCUGUCCAUUCUCGUAUAUGGAACAGCAAUAACACAGCAUCAACAUCAGCAACAAGGGAAACUGUAUCUGAACAAAGAAAUAAUACCACACGCCAUCGAACCACUGAAACUCUGUCUCCUUCCAGCAUUACAGCUUCAUCUGCUGCAGAACUAGCAAAUAGUAGCACAGGUGCUGUGAUAAUUAAUUCCACAGAAGCAGUUCCCACUGAUCCGGUGACCAUAGCUACGGGGACUUAUAAUACUUCUUCGACAACAAUAAGGAAAGCAAACGAUCAUAACGUCGAUAAUCUGACCACAGAGGUUACUUCCACACUAUCUGUGAAGUUCUCCACAGAAGAAAGUACAAGGUCGUCGUUUAAAGUUUCUACGCAUGCUGAGAGAUCCAGUAUUACGUCAUCCACGGUGGUAACUAAAAACACCUUUCAAAAAAAUACAACUGAUGAGGUGCUUCGGAAAAAGGUGAAUACAUCUGCAUCAUCUGCUGAAAAUACGACAGCUGCAUCUGUACCAACUCACGAGGAUGGCGCCACAAGUCUAACGGAAAGCGUUUCUCAAAAGAAAACUUCAACUGAUUCAACGAGUACGACUUCAGGCAGAGAGCAGCCUACUAUCGACGUUUUAGCGAUAACACCUGCUAAACCUAGAUCUUUCCCAGGUGGUAACAGUUCUUCUAAAGCAUCAAUUACCAAUGGUGCUGGAGAGAGUCAUAGUUCUCCCACUGAAGACUCUCACGAUGUCGGUAGGGCUACAGACAUUGCAAACACGACAUUGGCAAUUAAAUCUAGCGCGCCAGAAACAACAAAUAAAUCAAUGGACAGUCAACCAACUGCUACAACCCUCAUAUCCUCUCCCACAAGCACUGACGCAUCCUCACUUACAGAAAUAACAAAUGACCACUCAAGCACGGUGAGGAGUAGCACUGAAACAAGGAGUUCCACUGAUGCGGCUAGCAAGAUCACGAGGACCGAACAUACCUCCUCUGAAAUCUUAGGCAUUACAAAGGCUCAAGGCAGUAAUAAUGCCAGCGUGGAUAGUUUCGAGACCCCAUCAAUUACCAGCGAAAGUGAUGAAAGUUUCUCGACCACUGAUUCCAAUCCAACCGAGAGCUCCAGUAAGGUGGUAAACAUGUCAGCAUCUAAACCCACUGCAACAAACACGUCAGUUUAUGUGAGAGGCCUAGAAAAUAAUGAUACUACCACAAUAGCAACUACCGUUCGCAUGACUACCGCGUCUUCUACUGAGAAAACGAGCCAGAGCGCAACUGCGGCGAACAUUGAAAACAUUACUGAACAUGCCACUACAAAUUCAGGGAUAUCAUAUACUCAGCCUUGUAGAAAUUUGAGCUCUGGCGAUUCCAUUCUUGCAGACGCUACGACAAAAAUGAAUAGUUUCAACGUAGGAUCUAAUAUUUCGGCAGACGGAAGCGUGAUUUCUUCGCAUACUACGUACCCGACCAAUGCUGUAGCUAAGCAGUCAACGGCCAACCCCAACAUUUCGGCAACGGAUUUGUUUACUUCAAUUUCCGACACUACGCAAUCUGACAGCUCAAUUGUUCAAAGUUGGGCGACGGACACCAAUUCAAGUGAUGCAAUCAGCUAUUCGACAGCUCAGGAUACACCACGCUCAGAGCCCAGCAUUGUACCACAGGAUAGUGUGACCACACUUGCAGAUAAUUCUUCAAUCGAGCCUAGUUCCACUGGUUCAUUUAGUAGCGUGAAAACAGGCAACUGCUCAGGAAAGUCGGAAAAGACAGCAACGCAGCUGCCGAAAGCAUCAACUAUCCCGAAUCCAACCAGUAUGGUCACCAUUUCCUCGUUAGAGCACAACUCGACAUCUCCAUCCACUUCCCCGCAAGUUGUCAGCAGCUCUAGUUUUGCGCCUAGCAGCGAUUCGAUAAACCUGAACUCUUCUGUUGGGAUUACCUCAGAUGCGAUCCGACAGAAUCAAAAUAUAUCUACAGCUGCCAAUAACUCCCUAUUUUUGCCGAGCACUUCUGCUGCGAGCAGCGUUUCGUUGCAGAUGCGUAAUUUCACACAAACUGGCAACAGCUCAAGCACGGCCCCGUGCAUUUCUCAAAAAGCGAAUAACAGCCGUGCGACAUCUGAAAAGUCGUCUCAUACAAGGGCCCUUACUACACAUGCUGUUGUGAAUAGGGCAGGUACACCUAGUCAACCUUCGAUGGAGAAUAGUUCUACCGCUGUGUACGUUUCUGUAAAACCAGACAACACCUCGAGUGUUGCGACGAUGAAUCUUUCCACUGGGGUUUCAACUGGUGCAACCUCGCCUACUGAAAGUUCAAAUGUUAUAAAAGGAGAGAACUCUAGCGCUGAAUAUGGCGUCUCAUCUAGAUCCAACAUUUCUAGUACGCCAUGUAAUUCCACACAUAGCGAGAAACGCUCGACGGUGGCACCGACAAGUCAUCUGGCGGUUGAGAACUCAAGCGAUGCUAGAGAAGCUGUGGCAAGACACGAUGUGGUGUCGGCGAAACUUAGCGUAACUUCACCAGGCGAACACUCAACCGCUACACCAACCAUUUCUCCAACAGGUCACAGUGAAACUGCUGCAGCCGCUGCCACAGUACAAGACUAUAUCUUUAGUGCGGUACAUAAUGUCUCAACGGGCGCUAAAUCCAGUAAUGUGGCGAGUGACAACUCUUCUGCAAAUGAACUAAUGACGAAGCUACCAUGCAGGAACACGACUAGUGCAUCCAGCAUAUCUCCUAUGGACAGCAGCUCAUCUUCUGAAGCCAAUAUUGCGGAAGUAGACCGCAAGUCAACCAUAAGGUUGAACACUUUUCCUUCCGUGGAUACGUCGGGUUAUGCGAGUGGUUCUACACCAAAGAGCCAGCAAAGUGACCUGAAUACUGCUGAUGCACACAACAACUCGACGCACAAGCUCAAUGUUACAGGUGUUGAGUCUAGUCCAGUGCAAUACAGAAAUGACUCGGGCGUUACACGGCAACUUUAUGCCACCACCGAAAACUCGAGUGACACUAACCGGUCUUCGGGAAAAUAUAAUUCUGUGACGAAACCGACACCAGGGUGCAAGAACUCUACUAGCGCACCAAGCAUUCCUCGUGAGGAGAACUCCACUUCAAAUCUUGCCACUAAUGCUGAAGCGAACACACAGUCACGCGCUCUAAGCACUACAUCAACAGGAAAGCGCUCGAGCAGUUAUUUCAAUAUUUGGACUACUGCGUCUGGUCCUGCGCAAAUCUCGAACGGCUCGAAUGUUGCGCUCCGCGAUGCUACAGUAGAAGAAAUGUUUAUUGACUCAACCCGGACUGCAGAAAAAGAAAACGCUCCUACGACUGAAUCCGUAACCCCGCCACCAUGCAAGAAUGUGACAAUUGCGCGCACGGAUUCUCCAGUGGAUUACAACUCGAACGUUUCCAACAGCUUCGUGCGAGCUGAAAGCAACUCAAGUGACGUGACGUACAGUUAUCCAAUAGACAGGAACCAAUCCAGCACCAGAGAAGUAAGCAGCUCAACCAGUGCACCCAAAUUAUUUUUGCCGCACUUCUUUACCACUGUAUCGAGUUCGGCGCAAGCAAACGGGUCACAUGUGGCAACGCACAAUACAUCGUCGGCCAAAAAGUUUAAUUACACGCACACAACAGCGCGGGAGAACAACUCAAACAGUACGAACGGCAUUUCUUCAACACUCAGCAGUUUUAUUACCACUUCCGAUUCCACAGAAACGGACAGAACUUCCAGUAACGAGUCAAGUCCUGCAAAAAAUAAGAAAAAACCGUGUCCAACCAAUUCGUCGUUGGUCAUUAAGAACUCUACUACAACGCUUGAUAGCUUUGCGGCUGUCAACAGUUCGAAAGUAGCAGCCGACGCCACAAGCACAAACAGCUCAAGCGUGACGCCAAAGAGUUCUUUAACUCCCGACACCAAUAGCUAUCCGGCCAGCACGGAGUCGGCAGACCUAAGCAAAUCUAACGGGCUGGUUAAUGAAGCACGAUCCAGCAACUCAACCGCGAAAGACCCAUCACCUUUUCAGAGCACCACAUCUGGUCCGCGGCACCGUGAACCAUGCGAGAAAACAAAAUCAGUGUCGCCACGCAGAUCAGUUCGCUCAAAGCGGGGAUCAAGGCGCCUUCUUCCGUUAGGCCGCCUACGCACAUGAGCGACUGCUGAAGUCCUAGUGUGUCAGUGUGCAAGCAGCAAAUGCCGGCGACAUUUAUAAAAUUGGGCCGAAUUCCAACGCUUCUGCAUAAGCAUGAUUCUUCAUACAUGCCAUAUUGCAUCUGUUUUUUACGAAAUAAAUAAAUUGUAUUUUGCAUUAUAU